AUGCUUCUUCAACUUUUGUCUUUCCCAUUCUUACAUCUCUUGUCAAGGCAACUGGUUGCAACAAGUGUUUAUCGGAACGAGGGCAAUAUCCGUCUGGGCUGCUUCGACGAAUGCAAAGACGGCUUCAAUCCGAGCAGCACUGAAUACCAAGUAUGCCGCGACCAAUGCACCAAGUUCGAUGUGCAGGAUCAUUGCUGCACCUCCUCCUGCAGCAGCAUUUCUAAUGUGUGCCUAAAUGACUACUUCCAUCGCGUCGGACUCAUCAAGCACGGUUCAUCCGAAGAAGAAGCCUUUCAUCGAUCACAACUAGACGUGAUCCGAGAGAAUCCUGGUCCUCUUGACAAACGAGCCUUCCUGGCGGGUGACGCUCCGUACCAUCUCAUCCGGAUCACUGAAACCCUGCUCUCUCUGAACCCUCAAGAUUUCAAGGAGACCUUUGUUGACGACGUGAGCGAGGAAGGCGGCCUAGGGACUCUUGAUCGUCGGGUUGACAAUGGUAAAGCUCUCCAAGAGCCUGCGCUGCAAAAUGACGAGUGGAAUGACGAGGGAUACGCUGGACUAGUGCUAGUUAGCUUUGGCAUUGCGGGCGCGUGGACUUGCAAUCUUGUGUACAAUGUGCAAUGCGUCUUUUUCAAAGCGAGGACUGCUCCGUAG